CAGAAGCAGCGCUGCCGACGGUCCACGCACACAGUGCAACAAGUCACCUUAUUAAAUCCACGAGGGAAACACUGCGCAGCCAUGGGCAUGGAGACUAUGAAGGGCAGGAGGAGCCGAGGUGUGUCCUUCCGCUUCUUUCUGGUUGCAAUCGCGUGGCUGCUCGUACACACGGUGCAUUUGUUCACCAUCCCUCACGGGCGGAUUUCACCGAGUCGCCCGGGCUGGAAGGAUUCUCGCGGGCCACAGGUGACACGCUGGCACCCUGGGCGUGGCGCAGGACGCUUUAAUCAGCAGUUACGCUGGCGUUGCUCAUUGCAGUGUCCGAGCUCGGCAUCGAGCCAGCGCUGGUUGCAUGCUGGAGUCGCCUUGCGUGCCAGGGCUGCACGAGAGGACAACAAUGCCGAGGACCGGCUCGAUCUCGAGGAGGCGAUUGCAGAAGCCGAACGGGUGCUGCAGGACAACGACAAGGUGGAAAAGAUAAAAGCUGUUUUGCGAAAAGCGCAGAAGAUAAACCCAGGGAAGUGGACCCUUUCAGGGAAGAAAGACGAGUUGAAACAAAAACUGCGCGAGUUCGUGGAAGAGGCCAAAGCAACCAAAAAGGGCUUGGAAGAGGAUUCCCACAGGGCACAGGUGACAAGCUGGCACCCUGGGCGUGGCGGAGUUGCUUCGCGCGCCAGCCCGCAGCAGGACAGUGGUGCGGAGGACUGGCUCGCCAAGAGCCGCGAGGAGGUGGAGGGCUUCAGCAUAGCCCAAGUGUCGGACUGGGUCAGAGCCGUACUGCUGGCUGCUGGGUUUGAAGCAGACGACAUCACCGAAGUCACCCCCAUUCUGCUGAAGCAGAAGGUGAUCGGAGCGGCCCUGCUGAAGCUGACACUGGAAGAGCUGAUGCAGGAUGGCGUUCCGCGUGGCCCUGCAAAGCUGCUGGCCGAGAAGAUCCAGUUGUUGCAGGAGCCCCAGGUGAGCCGCUUAGUCCAAGAGUUAGUGCUGGUCGUGAAACAAAAGGCGUUUGACAAUGCCUUGUCCAAGCUGCGUGACAUUGCAGUUUUGCCAGAACAUGCCAUUCAAGAUGAGCAGUACUGCCAUCCGUAUCAAUUGGCCGAGACCUGGCACUUGGUAGCCUUUGGACAAGAACUACUCGACAAUUAUAGGAGCCUUAGCUUUGACAGCGCAAGCAGCAGGGCACCCAGACUUAUGGCGCUGUCUGCUGGGACCGGCACUGGUAAGACUCACAGUCUGCUAGAAGCACCGAAGGCAUUGGCAAGUGCGGACAGAGCCUGGACUGACUGCGAGUUCAUUUACAUCACUUACAAUCAAGAGCAAGAUCUGACCAUGGACCUCGAAACUCAAUUCUUUGCAUGUCAAAAGGCCGUUCUUUGGCGAUUAAUGCUACGGCAAGUGGGAACCAGCAACCAGGGAUGCGGCAAGGCAUUGCGCCACUUGAUGAACAUCGAGAUUUCCCCUGCAGAGAUAUUACAGAUGUUUGUGAACGCGGCAGCCAAACCAAAUGUUGUGAUUUGCGUGGACGAGCUGCAGCUUCUGCAAGAAGAAGGAGUAAAGGCAGCGGCUUCCACUCUCGCCAGUGUUGCUCUUGCACUGAGUCAGGCGAGCAAACGGUGUCUUGUUCUUCUAGCUGCUCUCACUGACGAGACACUGAAAAGCGUGAGCGAGCGACCUGCAUUAACAGUCAAUCCCAUCCUACUUGACAAUUCUGGUCGUGAAUUUAUUGUAGAUCGUGCACUUCCAAAUGCAACUGCAAAACAGAAGACCAAUAUCAAAGGAGCUGCUGGCUUGCAUGCACGGUCUAUAGUAGUUGCAUGCCAGCAACUGAGUCAGUAUCCCUCAAUCGACAGCGUAAGAAUUGCAGCUGCAUUGAAAAGUCGCCUUGGUGUGAGACUCAGAUCUGAUGACAGGGCUGACAUCCGAGAGUACAUUAAGAUGUCAAUGACAACGAAUGUGGAAGAUGCGUUGAAGAAGCAUCCAUUGGCAAAGCCUUUUGCAGACCCGAAUGGAGCAAUCCCGCCUGCUUUAACAAUUGCGUGUUUCGAAACAACUGGCAACACGGGUGCUUUGCACCCAGCUUGCUGCAUAUUUGCUCCUGAUCUGUUUGACGACGCGUCGAAAGCGCUGGAGAGGGCCGCUCUAUAUCGUGACCAGUUUCGAGCCUUAUACUCUUUGCCUGUUGUGCCUCAGACGAUGCUGGUGCAGAACACUAAUCCGAGACGUGCUGAAUGGUUCCACCAAUUGCGGUUUCCACUUGCCACAGCCCAGCAGGUGUGCCGUGAAAGCCUCUUUGAAGUGAGGAACAAGCAAACUGUGCGAACACGUUUGCGGCUGCAGGAGGGCGUGUACUAUUUUCCUGGAGCUGCAAAUCAUCCCAGGAUAGAUCGGGCUGUCAUUGCAUAUCACUUGGAGACAAACACACAAUGCCUUGUUAUCUACCAAGACAAGCUCAACCAGAAUUUGCCAAAGGCUGUGAGAUCGCUCAAUGAAGCUGCUGACAGCUUUUGCAAUCACAUCCAGGUAAUAUUAUGUGUAGCUAUAGCUGCCCAGGCCACUGAUGCAACAAAUUGUCAAAGCAAGUUUCGAUAUCCAUAUCUACUAGUCAGAGAGGGCGACAUCAGCAAUUUUUUCUCUCCAACAUUUGCCGCUGCGAUCACGUUCAUCCAAGACAGACAUCGCAUUGAUUGACGUCUCUUUGCAAAGGCAG